UAAUUUCUAGUUAUCAAAACAAUAUGAAAUUAGUAGGUAUUAUAGUCAUGAUCCUUCUUGUCUCGGCCAUGGCUAAGAACAAGUGAAGGAUCCUGAGCUUAAGCUCAGGAACAGAAAAAGCUGCUUACCAAGUAGGAGCCCUAAAAGCUCUGAUCGAGCACCUUGAUCCUAAGGAAGUAGAGUACGACGUCAUCUCAGGAGUAUCCUUCGGAGCAUUCAAUGCUGCUAUGAUGGCAGUCCAUGAGAAAGGAGACGAGAAAGAAGCUCUUGAAGAACUCUAUGGAAUCUGGAAAAACGCUAAGAGUAUUAAGACAUACCAGAACUGGUGGUUCGGGCCAGCUCAGGGAGUGGUUAAUCAAGGAGGUCUUUAUGAUAGCAAACCUUGGAAGCAAUUCCUGGAGAAGACUAUUGAUGGCAGAAAUGCUAAAAGAAUGAUGACUCUUGGUGCAGUAAAUGUUGAAAGUGGAAAGUAUACAGAUUUGGUUAACAUCGUCACGCCAGAUACUCUCCAUUCUGCAAUUAGCGCAGCCACCGCACUUAAUAUUUUCUUCCCACCAGCUAAUGAGUUUGGGGCGGACUGGUUUGAUGGUUCAGGUGUUUGGCCUGUCGAAGUGAUUGGUCCUAUCAGAAGAUGCGAACAAUUAGGAUUUUCUAGGGCUGAUAUCAUCGUUGAUGUUCUAAUGACUAAUUCUUAUGAUCUUCCAGUUAGAAAUGCUACUAAUGAUUCUACUAUUCCAAGUGCAUUGAGAUAUUUCGAGAUUGCUGACUUUUACUCUGGGGUAAACGGAAUUGCUAGAGCUAUUUCAAGCUUUAGUGAAGUAACUUUCAGACAUUGUGUUAACCCAGGAAAGGAUCAUCUUCCAACAAACUGGUUCCCAUUUGAUUUUAAUCAAAAGAAGAUUGAUGUUCUUCUUGAAAGAGGAUACGAAGAUGCUUUAAAAACUAUAAACAACCCUGAUACAGUCACUUGCCAGAAUCUUGUAAAAAGUGUCGCUCAUAUGAAACCUCCCACACCUCCAAAAGAGGUAGAUGAUCUCAUUAAGGGAGAAUUCGAAUAA